AUGAGAGGAGAAUUUCCAGAAGACGAGAUAGACCGCACCCUUCAUACCAUAGCUUAUUCAAUGGAGAUCAGUAUGUCACAUUUCAUCAAUGGAUCUUCUCUCCAUUUUACCGGGAGGUCCAGAGAGCAUGGAAAAGAUGCAGUAAUCAAAAGAAAAUGUUUGCAAAUGGGUAAAAUGCUCAGUCAUCUCUUUACCCAGAAACUGUUUCUAGGACUUGCUCAUAUAGUCAUAUUCGUCGACCUAGACACGCACAACCCGCGCAACAAAAAGAAGGCCAAUAGAGACUUCAUAAGAGUCCGAGCUGCAGAUCAUAACUCUCCUUCUGUUUCGGCACAAGAGGAGUAG